AUGUACGUCACGACAUAUUACACAGACGAGUUGGCAACAACCCUGCCCAAACAUUAUCACAUCUCUCCCUUCACAAUGGGUUACGACUGCGGUUUCGACAUUUACCCUCGGCUGGAGGUGACUGUCGAGAAUAAAGACGCUUACCAACAAUUCCUUGAUGACAUUAUCGCCAUCUACGAGGGCGUCCAUGAUGAUGAAGGAAGACGAGAUGACGGCAAAAUUCUCGAGAUGCCAGGGGAUACCGCCCACUCCGACAAAGUCAACAUUUGCUUCAUGGUCGGCGAGUGUCCACGUAUGCCUGCCAGUCCCGACCGAUGCAACUACUUUCUCCGCUUCAGCUCAAAGAUCAGUGGGCGUCUAACGGCCCCUGCCGAGCCGUAUAUCAGAAGCGUGUACAUCAUUGCAAAGAGAAAUUUUGGGAGCAGAGUCCAUUUCUGGAAUGAUCUGCAUGGUCAAUCUGGAUGUUAUGGCUGGAAACAAGUCAACGACGCGGAGAAAGAGCUCAGAGAGCUGGAGGCGGCAAAAUGGUCUACCUAG